CCCUGUGUAUAUCUUCCUCCAAUGCAGUGCUCUCUUUAUUUUACAUUUUUUGGGCGCUGUGAUUUAAAUCUCAUUACAUUAUACUAGUAAUCAAAAUCAAAUACUAAAAAUCUCUUCACUUUAACCUUAAUUAUUAUCAAAAUCCAAAAUUUGUUAUCGAAAUCUGCAUAAUCAUUAGUCACUGUCAAUUUUUCGCAUUUAUUGCUUUCACGUUUUAAGUCUCUGCUCCAUCUUUUCUAGGGUUACAUCUUCACUCUCCGAUAAUGCUGAUUUUGUGGGGUUUUGCUUAUAUCAUGAGCAAUGGAGCUUGAAAAGUUUACUCAAAUUCAAUUUGGAAGAACAAUUAUAUUGCCGUUUGAAGGUGUGUCCUGGCUUCUAAAAUUUAUGGGUUUCCAUCAAGUUCCAUGAAUCUCUGUCUUUUGGAAAGAUUCGCUUAUAUUGGAAUUUUGAUGAUUAUCUUUCCUGGUAGAUAUGCUCAGGGUUAAAAGGGGUGAAAAGAAUUUGUGAAUCAGAGAAAAAGGAUAAGUUGGUAGAGUUAAUUUGGGCAACCAUUCAGACAUGGAUUUCUUCAAACUGAAGAAGUUUAGAAAGGACCACAAGCCAAAUCAGGAACUUGUUACUGAGCCAGUGCUGCAUCCGGAAGAGCCCAAAAAAGACAGUGGCGAUGCAUUGGGUAAAUCGGUUAAUGCUGAUUCAACCAAUACUGAAAAUGAAGACGAUGAUGAUGAUUUUAUCACAAAUGAGGUAAAGAGGAGGCUGAAAGUUCUGCGGCAAAACAGUUUUAUGGUGUUGAUACCUGAGGAAACAGCUCCAGAGGACGAAGAUGGAGAAGAAGAAGAAGAGGGGGAGACCAGCUCUUGUGAGUGGAGGGAUGUUGAGGCUGAAGGCCGACAGUUCUGGUCUGGGUUUGAUGCUGUGUAUGACAAAUACUGUGAGAGGAUGCUGUUUUUUGAUCGAUCCAGUGCUCAGCAGCUGCUGGAAGUUGGCUCUUGUGUUCUCUCAACUCAGUCACCAAGAUUAGCAUCUAAAAAGCUUCCAUCUCCGCUUCGAUGCCUUUCGUUGAAAAAAUUUGAAGAACCAGAAGACGAAACUGAACACUUGCAGAAGCCUGAAAGUGAUCCAUAUCAGGAUCUUGAAACAGCAUAUGUAGCACAAUUGUGCUUGACUUGGGAGGCACUUCACUGCCAAUAUACACAACUGAGCCAUAAAAUAUCUUCCCAACCUGAAAGUUCCACCUGUUACAACCAUAGUGCUCAGCAGUUUCAGCAAUUCCAGGUUUUAUUGCAGAGGUUUAUUGAAAAUGAACCAUUUGAGCAUGGGUUAAGACCAGAAAUCUAUGCUCGAGCAAGAAAUUCUUUACCUAAACUGCUACAGGUUCCAAAGAUCCAAGGUUCUGAUGAGAAAAGGACAGGAGAAGAGGAGUCUGAUUGUGUGGUACUUGCCCCUGAUCUAAUUAGAAUUAUAGAAUGCUCAAUCCUAAGUUUCCGCCAAUUCAUGAAGAUGCAUAAGAAAAAAUUAGGUGGCUUCCGUAAUUUAUUUGGAAGUCAGAACCAGAGGGCUACUCCACUUCAACAGAUUCAAUCAUCUCAUGAGAAGAAAGAAUUGAAACUGAAGGAACAAUGGAAAAGAACGAAGAGCUAUAAAAAGAAGUCAUGGCCGAGUACACAAGAGGGCACGGAAAUGUUGCUGGGACUUAUUGAUGCCAAAAUUGUGUCACGGGUUUUACGAAUGGCGAAGAUUAGCAACGAGCAACUAUUUUGGUGUGAAGAAAAGAUGAAGAAAUUAGCCAUAUCUGAUGGCAAGCUGCAGAGAGAUCCAUCACCCAUUCUCUUUCCCUGUUAGUCGUGAAAACCAGGUACAAAAGUGAUAUUGGAUGUCAAUG